CCAGCUAAUGCAGGUGAGAGGCAAUUUCCGUGUUCUGAGUGUGGGAAAUGUUUUACAUACAAAGCAGCUUUUGUUACACAUCAGAAAACUCACACAGGUGAGAAACCAUUUCCAUGCUCUGAGUGUGGGAAAUGUUUUACAUACAAAUCAGCUUUUGUUACACAUCAGAGAUAUCACACAGGUGAUAGGCCAUUUCCGUGUUCUGAGUGUGGAAAAUGUUUUAUACAAAAAUCACGUCUUGUUAUACACGAGAGAAGUCACACUGGUGAAAAACCAUUUACAUGUUCUGAGUGUGGAAAAUGUUUUAUUCGAAAAUCAACUCUUGUUAUACAUGAGAGAAGUCACAAUGGUGAGAAACCAUUUCCAUGUUCUGAGUGUGAGAAAUGUUUUAUAUAUAAGUCACAACUUGUUAGACAUGAGAGAUAUCACACAGGUGAGAAACCAUUUCCAUGUUCUGAGUGUGGAAAAUGUUUUAUUCAAAGCUCAGCUCUUUUUAUACAUAAGAAAAGUCACACAGGUGAGAAACCAUUUCCAUGUUCUGAGUGUGGGAAAUGUUUUAUACAUAAGUCACAACUUGUUACACAUCAGAGGAGAAGUCACAUAGGUGAAAAACCAUUUCCAUGUUCUGAGUGUGGAAAAUGUUUUAUGCAUAAGUCACAUCUUAUUACACAUCAGAGAAGUCACACAGGUGAAAAACCAUUUCCAUGUUCUGAGUGUGGGAAAUGUUUUGUACACAAAUCAGCUCUUGUUAGACAUGAGAGAAAUCACACAGGUGAGAAACCAUUUCAAUGUUCUGAGUGUGGUAAAUGUUUUGUACAGAAAUCAGAUCUUGUUACACAUGAGAGACGUCACACAGGUGAGAAACCAUUUCUAUGUUCUGAGUGUGGGAAAUGUUUUGCACACAAAUCACAUCUCGUUAGACAUGAGAAAAGUCACAUGUUCUGCAAGGAGGUUCUUAAUAGGCCCCUGGACUUGGAGCAAACUUUUGGCAAUUAUAUCAUGGCAGAGAUGCGACUGAUGGAGGAUAAAAAGAUCUUCAAGCGUCUGGUUCUUGAUGCUACCUCACGUGCAAAUGACAAAGCUCUUGUCGAGGUGGAGUCUAAAUUCCACCUUAAUGAAGAAAUUGUUGUCCCAGCCUUCCAAGGGCCGGACCUUUCUGCAAAAGAUGCAUUAUUGGACAUAGUGCUUGCCUUAAGGAUCUACGUGGAUCAUAUCAGUGCCAUCAGAAAGACAGACACUCUCUUUGUUCUGUACGGAUUUUACAAGAGAGGAUGGCCUGCUGACAAGCAGACACUGGCGAGGUGGCUUCGGAUGAUGAUUUCACAAGCAUAUAUUCAAGCUGAUCACCGUAUUCCGGCUAAUGUCUCUGCUCACCCUACUCGUAAGGCGGUGAAGUUUGUUUGGAAAUUGUCUGUUGUUACCAUGCCUCCUAAGAAAGCCAAAGGGGUGCUUCCCCCUCGUGUGUCUUUUCCUACUCAGCAGAUGAAACGUACGUCCUCUUCUCCAUCUGGUGCGUCCUCACCUGCAAAGGACCUAUCUAAAGAUUUAACAGCUGCUUUUCGGGAUAUUAAGACUGAACUGGUAGUUAUUGGGGACUGUACCGAUCAUUUGGAAAGGAAAAUGGAGGAGUUGGUGUCCUCACAUAAUGACCUCAUAACUUCCCAUGAUCUUCAACAAACUGAGUUCGACGCAUUUAAAAACAAGUUUGCGGAUUUGGAGGACAGGUCCAGGUGGAACAAUAUUAAAAUUUGUGGUUUACCAGAUUCGAACACAAAGCCUAUUACUCAUCAUCCAGCUAAGGCAGGUGAGAGAUCAUUUCCAUGUUCUGAGUGUGAGAAAAGUUUUACAUACAAUUCAGAACUUGUUAGACAUCUGAGAAGUCACACAGGUGAGAAACCAUUUCCAUGUUCCGAGUGUGGGAAAUGUUUUGCAGGAAAAUCAUAUCUUGUUACACAUGAGAGAAGUCACACAGGUGAGAGGUCUUAUUCAUGCUCUGAGUGUGGAAAAUAUUUUGCACACAAAUCAUAUCUUGUUAUACAUCAUAGAAGUCAUACAGGUGAGAGACCAUUUUCUUGUUCUGAGUGUGGGAAAUGUUUUGCACGGAAAUCACAUCUUAUUACACAUCAGCGAAGUCACACAGGUGAGAAGCCAUUUCCAUGUUCUGAGUGUGGGAAAUGUUUUGCACACAAAUCACAUCUUGUUAUACAUCAGAUAAGUCACACAGGUGCGAAGCCAUUUUCUUGCUCUGAGUGUGGGAAAAGUUUUACCUGGAAAUCACAACUUGUUACACAUCAGAGAAGUCACACAGGUGAGAAGCCUUUUCCAUGUUCUGAGUGUGGGAAAUGUUUUGCACAUAAAUCAGAUCUUGUUAUACAUCUGAGAAGUCACACAGGUGCGAAGCCAUUUCCAUGCUCUAAAUGUGGGAAAUAUUUUACAUGGAAAUCAGAUCUUGUUAUACAUCACAGAAGUCACACAGGUGAGAAGCAGUUUUCUUGCGCUGAGUGCUGGAAAUAUUUUACACAGAAAUCACAACUUGUUAGACAUCAGAGAAGUCACACAGGUGAGAAGCCAUUUCCAUGUCCUGAGUGUGGGAAAUGUUUUUCACAGAAAUCACAACUUUUUACACAUCAGAGAAGUCACACAGGUGAGAAGCCAUUUCCAUGUUCUGAGUGUGGGAAAUGUUUUACACGAAAAUCACAACUUGUUAUACAUCAGAGAAGUCACAGAGGUGAGAAGCCAUUUCCAUGUUCCGAGUGUGAGAAAUGUUUUGCAAACAAAUCAGAUCUUGUUAGACAUCAGAGAAGUCAUACAGGUGAGAAGCCAUUUCCAUGUUCUGAGUGUGGGAAAUGUUUUACACAGAAAUCAAAUCUUACUCAACACCAUAGAAGUCACACAGGUGAGAAGCCAUUUUCUUGCUCUGAGUGUGGGAAAUGUUUUACACAGAAAUCAUAUUUUAUUACACAUCAGAGAAGUCACACAGGUGAGAAGCCAUUUUCUUGCUCUGAGUGCGGGAAAUGUUUUAUCCAGAAAUCAUAUCUUAUUACACAUCAGAGAAGUCACACAGGUGAGAAGCCAUUUUCUUGCUCUGAGUGCGGGAAAUGUUUUAUCCAGAAAUCACAACUAGUUACACAUCAGCGAAGUCACACAGGUGAGAAUCCAUUUCCAUGUUCUGAGUGUGGGAAAUGUUUUGCAUGCAAAUCAGUUCUUGUUAUACACCAGAGAUGUCACACAGGUGUGAAGCCAUUUUCUUGCUCUGAGUGUGGGAAAUAUUUUGCACAGAAAUCACAACUUGUUACACAUCAGCGAAGUCACACAGGUGAGAAGCCAUUUCCAUGUUCUGAGUGUGGAAAAUGUUUUGCACGCAAAUCAGAUCUUGUUAGACAUAACAGAAGUCACACAGGUGAGAGGCCAUUUUCUUGCUCUGAGUGUGGGAAAUGUUUUGAACGGAAAUCACAACUUGUUGCACAUCAGCAAAGUCACAGAGGUGAGAAUCCAUUUCCUUGCUCUGAGUGCGGGAAAUGUUUUACCUCGAAAACACAACUUGUUAUACAUCAGCGAAGUCACACAGGUGAGAAGCCAUUUCCAUGUUCUGAGUGUGGAAAAUGUUUUGCACGCAAAUCAGAUCUUGUUAGACAUAACAGAAGUCACACAGGUGAGAAGCCGUUUUCUUGCUCUGAGUGUGGGAAAUGUUUUAUCCGGAAAUCACAUCUUGUUAGACAUCAGAGAAGUCACACAGGUGAGAAGGCAUUUCCUGGUUCUGAGAAAUAAAUCAGCUCUUGUUGGACACAAUAGACAUCAUUCAGGUGAGGAACCAUUUUAAUCUUCUGGAGUAUACUUAUCAUUGCCAUGUGUUGUUCUUCAAGGUUCUUAUCCUAUCUUCUAUGCUUUUUGCAAUAUACAUGUUACCACUGAGUGAAAUAAUCAGAUGUCAUGCCCUCAUCUACCACUGCUAUGCAGAUGACCUGUCUUUUGCUCCAGAUACUGAGAAACCAGUCCCAAUCCUAUAACUAUGCGAAGAACCUCGCUUAAAAUGCAAAAUUUUAUUGCAAUGAUUAUUAUUAAUAAAUUGGUAAUGUUUGAAUUGUG